AUGGAGUCCCAGGAUCCAACUCACUGGACAAAAUGGAAAGUGGUCCAGCAACAGGAUUUCCUCUUGGAUCAUGGGCAAUGGCUUCUCCCCGAAUCUGAGCUCACUGUCUUCUGCAAGGUGACGGUGUUCCAAGACUCCUUCAUCAUCAGUGACCAUAUCAGGAAGCCAGAUAUAAAGGUUCCAAGGUGCAGGAUGGCAGAUGAGCUAGGAGAAUGGUGAGAGAAUUCCCCCUUCACAGACUGCUGCUUGGUGGUAUCUGGCCAAGAAUUCCUGGUUUACAAGGCCAUCAUAGCAGCUCAAUCUCCAGUUUUCAGAGCCAUGUUGAAACAUGACAUGUAGGAGAGAAGAACCCAGGUUGAGAUCAAUGAUCUGGAGCCGCAAGGCUUCAAGGGAAUGAUGGACUUCAUUUACACGGGGAAGGUACCAGACCUCCACAGCAUAGCAGAUGCCAUACUGACAGCUGCUGAUAAAUAUGGCCUGGAACGUUUAAAGGUCAUGUGUUAGGAUGCCCUCUGCAGGGACCUCUCUGUGGAGAUUGCUGCCCACACUCUCUUCCUGGCUGACAUCCACAAUGCAGGGAUGCUGAAAUCCUGGGCACUAGAUUUCAUUACAGCUCAUUUUUCUGAGAUCUCUGAGACCUCAAGCUGGAAGACAAUGGUGGCCUCAUAUCCCCACUUGGUGGUUGAAUCUUGGCUUUUGCCAGACAAUGAACUCACUAUCUUUUCCGAGGUGGACCUCGUGGUCCAAGACUCCGUCAUCAACUCUGGGAAGAGCACGGUGCCCGGUAUCCAGGUUCCAAGGUACACAUUGGAAGAUGAGCUAGGACAGCUGUGGGAGAAUUCCCUCUUCACAGACUGCUGCCUGGUGGUAGCUGGCCAGGAAUUCCAAGCNNACAAGGCCAUCUUAGCAGCUCGCUCUCCAGUUUUCAGAGCCAUGUUUGAACAUGACAUGGAGGAGAGAAGAAAAAACCGCGUGGAGAUCCAGGAUGUGGAGCCCCAAGUCUUCAAGGCAAUGAUGGACUUCAUUUAUACCGGGAAGGCACCAGACCUCCACAGCAUGGCAGAUGCUGUGCUGGCAGCUGCUGACAAGUAUGGUCUGGAGCGUUUGAAGGUCAUGUGCGAGGAUGCCCUCUGCAGGGACCUCUGUGUUGAGAAUGCUGCCCACACUCUCAUCCUCGCUGACCUCCACAGUGCAGGGCAGCUGAAAACCAAGACACUGGAUUUCAUUACAGCUCGUGCUUCUGAUGUAUCUGAGACCUCAAGCUGGAAGACAAUGAUGGUCUACUCACUCUGA